GUCCUGGUCAGCCUUCUUCUUUCAUCCCUGAAUGGUUUGAAUUGAAUGAUUCGAUUGAUUCAACUCGGAUCCAAGGGGUAUGGAACUUUAAGUCUUUACUUUCCGUACAGUUCUGGUACGGUACAGCUUACAGCUUACUGUACCAACUACCAACGUACCAACAAGGGAGAUGAUGAGGGAUGAGUGUUUGCCCAGACAUUACCAUAACAUCCCACAAUCAUUCGAUUCGAUUGGCACAUUGGCACGGUCGCAAUGAAGGUCCGCAUGAGAUCUCGAGAAAAGGAUCUCGAGAAAAGGACAUGUUGGCACAGGUCCAAUGCACCCAUCAGUCACGAAGUAGUUAAAGAGAUGGUAGCUUUGGGUUCACUACGCUGGAUCCUUCUGAAUUCCUGGCUGAAUAGAAACUUGAGAGUUUGGGGAGGGUUGCUUGUUGUUUUUGCUCAUAAAGAACGAUACCAAGAAAGCAAAACUGAUACUGAAUACAACGACCCUGAUACCACACUACCGUAAUUAACAAUGUUGCUUAGGUUGAUCAUUGUUGUUUCUCUUGCGGUUGUGUCCGCCGUUGAGCCCCGCCACCCAACCACUCUCCAGGAUGCCCUUGAGAUGAUUGUGGACCUCCAGGACACAGUAACCCGUCUGCAGCAAAAGAUGAAAAUGAGAGAAAAUAGCAUUGGUGAGCAGAUUUUUCGACUCACCAAGAAGAUGGAAGACAUGGAAACCAUUGUCAAGUUCAACACCGCCGAUCUCAAUGGCCACGCAGAGAAACUGGAUACGGUAGAAGCCACCGUCGCUGACCUUCAAGAACACAGAAAAUUGGGAACCCAUGGGCAUCGUGAGCUGGCUUCCACCUUGGAAGAAGUCAUUGCCAAGACAGCUUGUAUUUCUGACACUAGUGAUGAAACCAAGCUCUGGCUGGAUCCAAACUGUAUUAGCAAUCUUGAGACAAAAGAAUAUCCCUGCUUUGACAACCAAGCCAGUGUGGAAGCAGCUUUGGGGGAUGUCACUGAGAAUGAGCAAAUCUACGGGCCUAUCUAUUACUGGUGCUUUGAACCCAUGUCCUUUUCCGACCUUAUUAGCACUUCCAGGGAUGCAUCGCAUGCUUCUUUUAAUGAGGACAUUGGAGGUUGGGACGUCAGUUUGGUGACUAACAUGAACAACAUGCUGUACGGUGCUUCUGUAUUCAACCAAGACAUCUCUAAUUGGAAUGUGAGCCAAGUGACGAACUUCAAUUACAUGUUCUAUGCUGCUUCAAGCUUCAAUUCGGAUGUUUCAAACUGGGAUGUCAGCGGUGCUUCCUUUGCAUCCCAUAUGUUCAAGGAAUCAGCAUUCAAUACCGACCUUUGUUCCUGGCAGUCAAAACUUGACAUUGACUGCACCGUGUCUGAAAUGUUUCAAAAUACAGAAUGUGAAAUGAAUGGUACCCCAGGUCAAAUGAACGAUUACUGGAGUGACUUCUGCCAUCCCUGCAUCAUCCCAUCAGAUUCACCCUCUUCAAAUCCUUCAGACCAAGAUGCUGCUGAGUUUGCUGUGGACAAUGUCGCUGCUGCAGAAGAAGCUUAUGGGCCAAUCUAUAGUUGGUGCUUUGAAGCGAUGUCAUUUUAUCAGCUGCUCAGCUCAGAAAGAAAUUCAAACAUGGCUUCUUUUAACGAGGACAUCGGAGGUUGGGAUAUCAGCAAGGUUACCAACUUAAACAAUGUGCUUCGCGGUGCAUCCAGUUUUGAUCAAGACAUUUCCAACUGGGAUACUAGCCGAGUGCUAAGCCUUGGAGGUACUUUCCGAGAUGCUACUGUGUUCAACCAAGAUAUCUCAAUGUGGGAUGUGAGCCAAGUGACUGCAAUGUGGGCCGCGUUCCGGGGUGCCUCUGCCAUGAAUAGUACAAUCUCUACCUGGGAUGUCAGUUCAGUAACCAGCCUGAACAACAUGUUUUAUGCAGCUUCAUCAUACAACCAAGACAUCUCUAAUUGGAAUCUGAGCCAAGUGACAACAAUGUCGGGUAUGUUUCAGGGCGCUUCUUCUUUCAACCAAGAUGUUAGUGGAUGGGAUGUAAGCUCAGUCGAAAACAGCAGCAAAAUGUUCCGGUCUUCAGGCUUUAACCAAGAUAUCUCUGGAUGGCACUUGGGUUCUUUGACCAACGGAAACACAAUGUUUUACGACGCAUCCCAAUUUAACCAGGAUUUGUGUGAUUGGGGCUCCAAUCUCUUAGAUAGCCUUGCUGACAGUGUGGCUAACAUGUUCCACUCCACAGCUUGUCCCAGCGCAGAUACUGCACCUACUCUUGUUAGUGGAGAUUGGCAAAAUCUUUGCUACUCUUGUAAUUCCAUCAGCUAA